ACGAUUAAAAAAUAAAAAAAUAAAAAAAAUGAUUUCCACAAUAAAAAAGAAAAGAAAAAACCCACGAAUUUCCAUAAUAUUCAGCCCUUCACCCAACACAAUACAACACAACACUCAUCCCAUCUUUCCAUCCAUUCCCCCUCAUUUUCGCUCUCCUUAUUUUCUCUCUCCUCAUUUUCUCCUCUCUCUCUCUCUCUCUUCUCACCCUCCUUUCCCUUUCGCUUUCUCUCUCCGCCACCAUGAAAGACGAGUGGUUAAGAGCAGCAAUCAUCGACGACACCGUAGUAGCAGACCUUCUACUCCGCCUCAAAGAAUCUCCAACCUCUUCUUCUUCUUCCUUCAUCCUCAAGCCUCUUCCGCCGUCAUGGGGCCUCCGUCAACGCCGCUCCAAACCGCCGUCUUCUUCUUCCUCCGCCGACAAAAAGCGAGAAACUCGCCGGAGUCCCACGACACCCCUCUCCUGGACUUGCGCCGCAUCUCCCAGUGAAGGUUGCGACGAGUCUCUCUCAUUUCAUACCAACCACCUUCAUCCUCAGCCGUUCGAUCGGUUCAGAUCCAAGAUUUCAGCUUCCACUGAAACCCCGGCCACCACGACCAGCAAAAGACCUAGGAGGAAGAAGACAUUUGCUGAACUAAAAGAGGAGGAAAAUUCAUUGAUGAAGGAGCGGACAUAUUUGAAAAAGGAGUUGGCUUCAUUACGCGUAACCUUGAAACAGGAGAGAUCAAUAAAUGAGAAUCUAAAGAGAAUUAAGCUUGACCUUAAAGUAGAAUCCAGAAUAAAAUCAGAAGCAAAUUCAGUUGAUGAACGUAAUAACACGAACAAUGGAAUAUCAGAAGCAGCCUCUUCGAGUGUAUCAAGACAAAAUAAAAUUGAGGAUGCUUCAGAGCCUGAUUCAUUAUCACAGAAAUGUGCAACAUCGCAUGAUUCCCUAUUUAUGCUACCUGAUCUAAAUGUGGUGCCAGAUGAGGAUGCAGUCGUUGGAAUGAGCUGAUGAAACGAAGUUUCCAUUACCUCAUUUUCCAAAAUUUGAAGCUAACAGUUUCUAAGGUUUACUUCUGGUUGGCGCUUUGUUCAACUGUGCGAUGACUGAAGAGCCCUCCAUCAGACAGGUGUAAUUACAGCAGGACUUAGGGGAUUCACUUGGUUAUUUACUGCCCAGAUGCUAAUACAAAUCUGGGCAAUCUACGAUAAGCUUAGUAUUCAUAGUUAGAUAAUAUACAGAUACUCAAAUGUUCGUUCUUUUUUCCUUUUUCGGUCAGAUUUUCUACCAUCUUUGCUCGCUACUGCUCCAAAAAUUCGUUGGGGUAAGCCCUUUCACUUCUUUGCAUCUAGAACAAAAUACGUUACUUAAUGUAUUCUGUGCCAUUAUAUUCUUUCCUUAAUUAGGUAUUUAUGUCUUAUGGGCAGUUGUACAAUAGAUGUUAGAAUCUAUCUAAUUUCAUGACAUAAUUUAAUUUCUUUCUAACUUGAGAAAAUAUACGGUUUUCUGUUGCAUGAUA